AUGGCCUUGCUCCUAGCGGCCUUGCUCGCAUUCCUGAGCUUGGGCUCAGGAUGUCAUCAUCGGAUCUGUCACUGCUCUAACAGGGUUCUCCUCUGCCAGGAGAGCAAUGUGAUGGAGAUCCCCUCCGACCUCCCCAGGAAUGCGGUUGAACUGCGGUUUGUCCUCACCAAGCUUCGAGUCAUCCCAAAAGGAGCAUUUUCGGGAUUUGGGGACCUGGAGAAAAUAGAGAUCUCGCAGAAUGAUGUCUUGGAAGUGAUAGAGGCGAAGGUGUUCUCCAACCUACCCAAACUACAUGAAAUUAGAAUUGAAAAGGCCAACAACCUGCUAUACAUCGACCCAGAUGCCUUCCAGAACCUUCCCAACCUCCGAUAUCUGUUAAUAUCCAACACAGGUAUUAAGCACUUGCCAGCUGUUCACAAGAUUCAAUCUCUCCAAAAGGUUUUACUAGACAUUCAAGAUAAUAUAAACAUCCAUACAGUUGAAAGAAAUUCUUUCGUGGGGCUAAGUUUUGAAAGUAUGAUUCUUUGGCUGAGUAAGAAUGGGAUUCAAGAAAUACACAACUGUGCAUUCAAUGGAACCCAGCUAGAUGAGCUGAAUCUAAGUGAUAACAAUAAUUUGGAAGAAUUGCCUAAUGAUGUUUUCCAGGGAGCCUCUGGACCAGUCAUUCUUUGGUUGAAUCCUCGAUGCAGAAUCGUGGAUAAGAACAAUGCUAUGGAACUUGGGCAUCCACAGACUUUGGUAUCUGUGGCGGGUCCUGGAAGCUGUCUCCCACAGACACUGAGGGGUGACUGUAUUCUCCUUCCGGCUGGAACCCAUGCAUCUCUAGAAUUAGAUCCUGUAUAGCAGAGCAGAACCUCCAUAAAUGGUUAUCACUGAUGAUAAAGGAUAUGUUGUGAC